CAAUAUAUGUCUGCAAUAGAUUCCUUGGUUUUGGCUUAUGUCAUACAGGAUGUGUUGGACCCAUUUACACCAACCGUUCCACUCAGAAUAGCAUACACCAAUAUGCUACUUCUGGCUGGUGCUGAGCUAAAACCAUCUGCAAUUGUAACUAAACCACGAGUUAAUCUUGAUGGCAAUGACAUGAGGGCUUUCUACACUCUGGUACCGGUGGAUCCGGACGCCCCAAGUCCAAGCCAUCCAUCACUCAGGGAGUACUUGCACUGGAUGGUGACAAAUAUUCCGGAAACAACUAACAUCAGCUUAGGCCACGAGCUAUUAUUUUACGAGACACCAGAGCCAAGAUCUGGUAUCCACCGGAUGGUAUUUGUACUGUUCCGGCAACUUGGCAGGGGGACAAUAUUUGCUCCAGAAAUGCGCUGCAAUUUCAACUGCAGAAGCUUUGCACGGCAAUACCACCUCAACAUUGCCACUGCUACAUAUUUCAACUGUCAAAAGGAAGCUGGAUCGGGUGGAAGAAGGUUUAGGGACGAGUAGAGAUCAUAGACCAUGUAUGGUCUAACUAUAAAAAUAUCACAAAUUAUGCACUGUAUUGAACACAAUGUAACACCUCUAUAUUCGUCAUGUUAUGUAUCUUAACUUGUGAUGGCAUAGACAUUAUGGAAUAUAGCCCAAUUACUAGUAUAUUUAAUUAUCCAAUCAGCCAA